GAGUGAAUGCUAUCCAUGUGGAUGCUCUCGUCUCGCCUUCCAAUCCAAGUCUCGUCUCGUCUUGUCCCGUUUCUCGAGGCGACGCAUUAACGGAGGAAUGCGAUACUGGCGGCCCUCUGUUCGUCCUCCAGCCGAGAACGGAGACGGCCUAGGCGAUCCAGUUCUUCGGAUCCAACCAACUGCGCGGCGGCUAGAGCUGCUGCGCCAGCCACCUGUUCGACGGAAUGCCUGGCAGCAAGGACCGCUUCGAGGACCUGCCGGAACAUGUGCUCGAGCUGCUGCUGUCGUUCCUGCCCUCGCAGGACGUCCGUGCUCGCUCGCCGCUGGCGCACCCUAUGGAAGUCCGUGCCAGCCUUGCGCCUUGACGGUUUUGAGUUGAGAGUGCCCAUGUUUUCAGCAAUUUCGUCAAUAAGCUGCUUGAGCACCGUGACAGAACAUCCCCUCUCCAUGAAUGUGAGAUCUUUCCCUAUCCGGAGGGCGAAGAAGACGAGGCACACCAUGAUGUUCAAUCGUGGGUCCAGUAUGCUGUCUCGUGUCGUGUGUCGGUGCUUCGAGUUCGAAACGAGGAUGCUGAUUAUCCUCGUUUGGAGAUAUCCAACAGCAGUGUCAUCUCCAAGGACUUGACAAGGCUAGAGCUGUAUAAUCUGGCAUUUGGCGCAAGCCGUCUAGAUCUUAUCAGCUGUGAGGCACUAGAGGUGUUAGAGAUAAGUUGUUGUUUUAUCAACAUUGGGGAUAACUUACCCAAAUCUUUACGGCAUCUGAAAAUCAGAGUUUCGGAUCUUUAUUCCAUGCAAACACCACGGAAUUGCCUUUCUGCUCCAGGAUUAACAUGCAGUGUAAAGAUGCUUGUACUCAUAUUAAGUACCUUGCGGAUUGUGGUGAUGAGUCAUGUCAAGGAUGCUAUGGUGAAGAGGAUCAUUGUCUACUUCUUGAAGGUUUGGCGGGCGCUACAAAUUUAGAGCUGAUAAGUCAAUAUUCUGUGAUUUUCAGAAAAGACUUGAAAUGGUGCCCUAUGUUUAGCAAGCUAAAAACAGUGUUGCUCAAUGAAUGGUGUUUGACUGCAAACUUCACUGGACUACUUUACUUUCUUCAGCACGCACCAAUUCUAGAAAAGCUUACCCUUCAACUUCCAUCUUGCAAGGAUUUUGACAUUGGAUCAAAUGGAAGCUACAGCCCAGCGGAAUAUUUCUUGGUGUCAAAGCAUCUCAAGGUAGUUGAAAUCCAUUGUAGCAAGGAGGAUGAAUGGACUUGUCAAAUUGUGAACAUCCUUGGCACUCAUGGAGUAACUUCUGUACGGAACAGGGAGGAUGAAUGGAUUUGUCAAAUUGUGAACAUCCUUGGUAUUCAUGGAGUAACUUCUGCGCAAAUUAGCAUCAAACAUGAUUCUCGGAAUUCUUUCAGGUUCAGUUUCCAGCAGACGAAGUAGAUCAGAUGGUCUACUGUUCCUGGUUAUUCAGGCUUCGAUGUCCCUGAAUUAAUGUUCCCAGCAUGAGGUUGCUACGUGUAAUCUAUCUGGAUCGUGCGCUUGUCCCUGAUCCAUUCAUGUGCAGGAUGAACGCCCAUCGGGACGCAAUUUGAAUAGGUUCAAAUGUCGCUGCAGUAAUGUUGCACUUUUGGUCGGUGUCGGGCCUCAACUGAUUUACCUGUUGAAGGCCUAUGAUCUAUUUAUAUGUUUCAGCAAAGCAACCUGUAUGUCUAGCUUAACUUGUGUAAAAUGGUACCUGUUCUGUUAUAUGGAGUAAAACAUUUAUGACGCCAGGAAUACUGCUUUAGUCUUUUUGUUGUUAUUAGUUGGUUUCUUCACGUCACAUGUUUGGCACUCUGCACUUGCUAAGCAUGCUUGUUUGUCAUUCUGCUAGAUCGGUUCUUCGAGACCUGAAUGAGAUAGAUCUGCAUGCCAUCAGCUAUAUAUAAGUAGUUCAACACUUCAAUUUGUGGCCUCUAUAAUACCCAACUGCAUUUAGUAUGGCUUCAAUCUGUUACUCCUAAAAGUUAUGUUGCUGGUCGUGUCUUGCUUUUGGAGUAACAACCUGCUAUGUUGCAACUUGGCUGACUUUCAGGGUAAGAUAUCAACGUAGCAAAAGAGAUGAGAAACUAAGUAAUUGAAUGAUGGCACAAUUUGAUUUCUUGUA